AUGGAUUCUUCGCAAAGCGCCAACUCCCUACCGCCCGAAGCAAUCGCCCUCGCGGGACGAAUGUACGACGCCGCGCGGAAAGGGGAUCUCGCCAUCUUCCAGCAGGCGUUGCCGGCUGGGUUGCCGGCGAAUAUGACGAACGAGAAGGGUGAUACGUUGCUCAUGCUAGCCGCGUAUCACGGACACGCGGACCUGGUGAAGUUGCUCAUCCAGCACGGGGCCGAUGCGAAUCGGCUGAACGAUCGGGGGCAGAGCCCGCUUGCUGGGGCGGUGUUUAAGCAAGAGGAUAAAGUUAUCGAGGUUCGUUCCAAUGUUAUUUCGCCGCUUUGCCCUACUGAAAGUCCGCCGAUAACGAGAUGCCCGGGGGUUCUACUCGAGGGCGGCGCCGAUCCUGAUUUUGGUUCUCCGAGCGCGUUGCAGUGUGUUGCUAUGUUUAAGCAGCAGGACAAGUGGCAAGCUAAAUUUGAAUCUGCGCCAGGUCGAGGAAAGGUUGUUCCAGAAUCAUGA